GAGGACCUUCUGGGUUUUAGUGGGGUGUGAGGACUCUCCGUUUCCUACUUUUAAUGCCCCAAUCUCCCAGUUCUGUGGUGCCCAAUAACCUCCCCUCUCUGCAGGACCCCCUCCCCUUGCUUACUCUAGGCACAUCUCUGGGAGCGUCUCGUGGACACCCGAGGUGGUCAGACCUCAGAGAAUCUGCCUUUGGAGGAAAAAGUGUGGUUUCUGACUUAUGUUCUGCUAUUUACCACCUCUGAUGUCUCAGGGUGUUCUGUGCCCAGCCUCAGUUUCAUCAUCUGUGAAAUGGAUGAUCACCUCAUCUCUCAGAGCUGCUGCAAGUGCUCUCCAGAGAACUGCCACAGGGCCCUUAGCAUCCACACACAGUGGCAAUUAUGUGAUUGUUUUUCUGGCUUUGCAGCACUCUCUCAAGGAGGACCUGGGGUGAGUUAACUUCCUGGCCUUAGUUUCUGACGCUGCAGAAUGGGAACGAUAAAGAUUUUGUUUCUUGGGGUUGCUGUGAGGAUGGAGUGAUCUAACACAAGGAAAGCACUUCGAACAAGGCUGGCAUAUAAUUGCCUCCAGGACAUUUUAGUUAUCCAUAGUAUCCUUAUUACCAUUAUCCUUUCCAACGUUUUCAGGAUGUCAGUAAGGUGUACUUGCUGAGUAAGUCCUGCGUCUUUCGCCCAUUAGUGUUCUCACACAUGGUAGAACCAAAUAUGUUAAAUGUCUUCACACUUAGGGAGUGAGGCAGGUAUCUGGAGAGCGGACGCAGGUCAUUAACUCGACUGUCUGUCUGCUUUGUAAUUUACGGGUGGAGCAGAAGCAGGGUAGGCGCCCCUGGUAGUGAGCGGGCAGUGACUGGAGCUCGUUUCUCUCCUUCAGCCCCUGUUUCUGAGGCCUUUGGUCCUGGUGGGUGCCUGGCCCCUGCCCUGCCUGCGGAAGGAGAAGGCUUUCUCCUAAAAGGUGGGGGUUGGGAAUGGUACUGUCUGCCGUUUUCAUCCCACACUGAACCUGAUUUCUGCUGGGGCCCCGGAGUUGGAAGCACUAUGAUCCUCCCUGGAGCAUCCGGGAAUCUCAGGGCUUGCCUGCAGGCUGGUAGAAGCGCUUGCACUGACUUCAGAGGUGAAUGCGCUUUUCUGGGAUCUGAAGACUUACGAGCCUACAGGGACCUUUGAAACUUUCAAUGUCUCCACCUGGCUGUCUGGGACACCCACUCUGCGCGGCUGCCUCCUACGCUCAUCUGCCCCCCGCCCCGGCCCCGCCCGGGCCUCUGCCGUGUCCUCACUGGACAGAGCUUCCGCACGAGGGCGCAUCCGAUCUCACACGAAAGGGCUUGUGCCUCGCGCUCCCCGGAAACAUGCCCCAGCGCUGUCCUUCCUACUGCAGUUACAAAAAACUCAUCGCCUGGGAACCCAGCAUUCAUCUCCGCGCGGGAGCCGGAUUGGGGCGCCAGGCCGGCGUUCUAUGGCUACAUCCUCCGAGAAACAUUGCAAACUUCAGCAAAUGCGCUCUCCAGACCGCAACUAGAACUCGGGGUUUUUGUUUUUUUCCCCUUUACUAUCAGUGCCCCGCCCACCAGCCGCGCACGUCUCCUCCUGCGUCCGGCCCAUGCCCAUAUUGGGUGGUGUUUAUUAUUGUACGAAUUCAAGCUCGGAUUUGCCUUCGAGUUUAGAAGAAGCGUCGCUGCGGCGCGCCUUUCAAGAGAGGCGGGGAUGUGCGUGCUGGACUCCGGUUGCCCGGGAAGUUCCAAGAAGGGCUCAGGGUGCGGAGAUGGGGGUGGUGGUGCGUAGUGACAUCCUUUUAUCUCUUACUCUGGGUUCGUUAGAGGCUGGAAACCAAGCUGGAUCCAAACUUGAGCUUGCGGAGGGCGCGCUGAUCUGGAGAGUUUGGGGAACCCCGGGGACUGUGGGACCGCGGGUUGCAAAAGCGCGUCAUCGAAGGUCCUUUUUCCCUCUCCAGAGUUAAAAGGGGUACUCUGGCUCUCCAGAACCUCCAAACUUCUGGACUCCCCAUUUUGAGGUGCAGUUCUGAGCACUCUCAGCCAGUCUGCAGUGUCGUGUCCCCUCUCUGCGGCAGCAGCAGCGGCAGUGCCCGACGCCAUCCCCACCCCUUGAUGCCCGCGCAGAACCUCUCUCCCCAUCCCCCGUGGGAGCCAGUCCUGGGCAAUUUCUACACCCACCUGCCUCCCCACCCCUCCCUCUUCUCGUUGGCAUCGCUGCCGAUUUACUCAAUGAAACGCUAAUUCAGUUAUCCCGAGUGGUUUUUUUUUCUUUAAAAAAUAUUAAUCAGAGAUCAUAUACAGGAACUAGUCACGCUGCACGCACCACUCCUCCCACCGCGGUGGAGUGAGGGCAGAAUUACCUCCAACUGAAUCAGCCUCACACAGGGUUCUUGAUUCUAAGUCUGACGUGGCUAAGUGUAAAGUCCAUUGGGGUGGGGGGGGGUGCUUGCACCCCAGAGUGAGUGGGUGGGUCGGGGGAGACCAAACAGGCUUUGCAAACGCUUAAUGUAAUCACGGGCCAGCUGCGUGCACUUGUAAAGUUGUUAUAACCCCCCUCCUUGUUAUAAACAGGAAAGCGCAGAAUAUAAAGCAAGAGACCCGCAUUCACAAAUACCAGUUCUCCCCACGCCAGCUGCCAAAUUCCCCUUUUAUGGUGUUUCUUGCUUGCAACCUCAGUCCCAGCAGAAAGACCUUAAAUUUCUCUCCCGGAACUCUCCAAUUGGGUUUAUUUUGAAAUUUCCCUCAACAGAGCUUUGGACCAGGUAACGCACCCCUUCUCCAGCUCCCCUGCACUGUAUACCUCUGCUUCAGGAGAAGUUGGGCUCCGGAGGUCCCCUUCCCCGGGUCCCCAGGGAGCCUUGGGGGUCGAGGCUUGCUGCCUCUUGGACACUAGCCACCUAGCGAAGGCCCUGACUCCUGCAGGGCAUGCGCAGGAUCUUUCCACGGCAUCCUUUCUCGUCAGACUCCCAAACCUCUUAGAUAGUGAUGCCUCUCCCCACCACAUAUGUAAAAGCUUUCAAAGACCUUAGAAGGCAUUUUGUGAGACCAUGGCAUGUCCACGUCUCCGAUUAAGCAAGGGAGAAGAAAAGACCUUUUGUGGGAGGCCCGCGGGUUGCGGGGGCUCCCCUAGGUCAGCAGUAAAACUUACCCCUGCGCACCGCCCCCCAUCCCCACCUCUCCUUCCUGGCCCGGCAGACCCCGCUCCCAGCCACCACGGUCCACAUCCUGCCUCGCUGACUGUGUGUGCUUACAGCGUCAAGGGGUGGACGUGAUAUUUCAAACAUCAGAUCAGUGCGUUUAUAUAUUGGGUGCCCGGAAAUUUUUCCAAAUAAACACAGCUUGAUUCAACUUGGGUGGGCGGACUUAUCAACAGACUAAUUCUAUAAACAAAUGAAGGAAUAGCCCUGAAACCGAUUGGCUGGUAUCAAAAAGACACGUGGAGAGAAAAGCUUGGAGUUUUUCAGCAAUGAAAUUUUAAUUAAUGUGGGUGGGCUGAGAACACAACGACUGUUUAUCAUAGACAAUUUAUUUUCCAGCGCUAAGUCAACAUAUAAUAGCAAACUUACAACAAUUAUUUAACAUUUUUGAAGCCAUGAAGAAGGGACAGAGCGUGCAGCGGCCGGGGAGAGCGGCGGAGCGGGAGACGGACGCACGGCGGGCUCCCCGGGAGGGCCCCAGCGGCGUUGGGCGCAGUCCCUGAGCCCGCCCGGGUCGCUUGCGUCUCGGGGAGCGCAUCACCGGCUCCCGCUCGCCAUGAGCCACCUCUUCGGUCCCCGGCUGCCUGCUCUGGCCGCCUCGCCCAUGCUCUAUCUGUACGGCCCCGAGAGACCGGGGCUGCCUCUGGCCUUCGCCCCGGCGGCUGCUUUAGCGGCCGCGGGACGGGCGGAGCCCCCCCAGAAGCCGCCCUACAGCUACAUCGCUCUCAUAGCCAUGGCAAUCCAGGACGCGCCCGAGCAGAGGGUCACGCUCAACGGCAUCUACCAGUUCAUCAUGGACCGCUUCCCCUUCUACCACGACAACAGGCAGGGCUGGCAGAACAGCAUCCGCCACAACCUCUCGCUCAACGACUGCUUCGUCAAGGUGCCCCGCGAGAAAGGGCGGCCGGGCAAGGGCAGCUACUGGACGCUGGACCCUCGCUGCCUGGAUAUGUUCGAGAACGGCAACUACCGUCGCCGGAAGAGGAAGCCCAAGCCCGGCCCCGGGGCCCCUGAGGCCAAGCGGUCUCAUCCCCAGACGCAAGAGCGCGGCGUAGAGGCGCAGCCAGACGCGGGGAGCCAGGAAAGGCGCCCCGGCCCCGCAACCCCCCGCCACGAGGGAGCGCCCGCGCGUCCCUGGCCCCUCGGGGGAGGCUCCUCUACGCCGGCACCUCUCCUCUGCCCCAGGCCCGAGCCCCCAGAGCAGGAUGCGGGAGACGAUGUCCAGGUCGCAGCGGCAGUGGCGGUGGGCCAGCACGAGCACACGAUGGAGGGCCGGGAGUCCCCCCCGCGCCCCGCCUCUCCGAAGAGCUCGGACAAGUCCAAGAGCUUCAGCAUAGACAGUAUCCUGGCGGGACGGCAGGACCAGAAGCCAACUGCAGGGGCCGAGCUCCUGGGAGUUGCCAAGCAGGGGCCCAGCGGCUGUCUCGGCACCUCGAUUCUUGCCACCCCCGCUAACCUCCAGCCACCUUUCAACGCUUCCCUAAUGCUCGACCCGCACGUCCAAGGCGGCUUUUACCAGCUCGGGAUCCCCUUCCUCUCCUACUUCCCUCUGCAGCUCCCCGACCCCGUGCUUCCCUUCCAGUAAAGCGGACGUCGGAGCCGGUGUCUCCCCGCCCUGGUCUGAGCUGCUUGUGAGCCGCCACGGCUCCCACCGCUGGGGGAAGGAUUCACUUUUUAUUUUUCUUAAAGAUCUUUUCCUUGGCUGAGGUGUGGACCUUGGAAAGUCUUUCCAACUUAUGCACGCAGGUGGUGGGACCUUCUUGGAGGGCACCUGCCCGAACCCGGACGUCUUAGGAUAUUAAAAAGAUCCUGUCCCGUGGGAGUUGGGCAUCCUAGACCUACUGCGCCAGCAGGAGAACACCUUGACCUCAGGUCAGUUUAAAGGUGCGGUCUUCAGCCACUCCCCACAGGUCCUGCGCGUCUGGGGCAGGGGCAGGCCCAAACAACCCGAAGGCAGGACAGAGGGAAGACGUGUGGUUCUUUCAGUCUGGGAGCCACCGGCGUUCGGGCUCACCGUCCCCAGCUCUGCCAUGCUGGGACUCAGGCCUUGGCCUUCACCCCUUGGGAUGAUGGGCUUUGGCAGCUGGGUUUGCCCUGAGGUCCAGUUGUGGGAACCCGAGGGUGAUCCGUUCUCCAGGUCCUUUGGCAGAUCUAAGGCCUGCUGAGGAUUUGCAACCAACAUCCAGGUGGAAGAUGAGAAACCACACUUUGACUUUAAAUACAGAAAUUUUCUUUUCUUCUUCUUUCUGGACAGUAACGACAACAUGUUCUGUUCUUUGGCUAAGUACUUGAUUCUUGUUAUUCUAACGAUUGCCCCGUGAGAACAUUUAUGUUAACAACUGCUAAGAAGGUGCACUCUAUGUAACAUAGCUUUAGUCAUUAGCCGACACACUCGUCCCCGCGCAUGUCACCAGCCACAGCUGUCCUGUCUUUUUGCUUUUGUUUGGAAGGGCUCAGAGAUUUCAGGGGAGACCGGAAGUGUGUGAGGGGGAGGGAAGAUGUCUCAGACAACACUGAGAUUUUUGAUUUCCCUGUUUUUUUUUCAAGAUCUAGGUUUGACUGUGUUUGCAUUUUCCAGAGCUGUGCACUGAAGGACUACUGUGCAUGGAAAAGGCCGGGUGAGACAGACACACGGAAGGCAGGCAGAAGGAGAGGUGUGCCAGGGGCGGGGGGAGCAAGGGAUCUGCCGGUGUCAGCUGCAGGCCGCUCUCCGGGCUCCCUGGACCCCAAGGAACAGGAGGCACAGUGGGAGGAUUCUUGUAGACAUUCCCAGCCGACAGCAUCCCAGCCUGCAACCUGACCUCGCUCCUCCCUCCAACCCCUACCAAGCAGACCCAGAGCCGGCAGCUAAAUAAACCCGUUUAUGGAGGUGACUGGGAGUCUGCUGGGAAGGGUGGGUCGCCAGGCAGGGGUCUGCCGCAAAGAUCUGGUUAAGAAGAUUGAGAUUUUUCACAGUUUAGUGCAGCUUGGAACUUUCAGAAAAUGCAUCUGAACUCUUGUGAUCUGUCUUUGGGUUGUCUUAGGGCUUCUGGAACUUGAUUUUCUGAACCUCCCAGUUACUUUAAUUUUAUGUGAUGCCGGAAAGGCGCAGUAAGUCAUGAAUUCUUGGAGGUGGGCUGAGACAGGUCUUCAAGCUAACUUUUAAAUAGUUUCCAGGACUUGUAUGAAACUGGACACAGACUUUACAUCAAGAGAGCCUGUUGGCUAAUGUGUUGGAAGGGACAUUUAGGACAGUCAUAAUCAUUUUAUAAUUAGUAGGCACAGAGUUGACUUUCUGAGAAUCCAUCCUUAGAGCCAUGUGCUACAAACUCGUAAGUGUUUCCCUGAUGGCAUUCCACCCAGGCUGGUGGGAACGCUUCAGGGAGUGGCAGAGCGUGCUUGCCUGGAAGAGCUUUGUGGAGACCUAGGCUCACCGUGGGGAAUCUGAAAUGUGGUGGAAGGGCUGCCAUGGGCUGUUUUGUUAUCCCAAAGUCUCAGCCUCUGUGAAUAAAGUUGUUUUUUUUGUUAACCUCUCAGUGACUGGCUCAGUGGAUUACUGGGAGGGAACACAAACAGUGUUAAUAGGAACCAGGGCACUGGGAUUCUAUUUA